AUGAAAUAUAAAUUAUUUAUUUUAAUAAUAAUUUAUAUUUUAAAUAUUUUAAAUGUUAAUUGCGAACAAAUUAUUAAAUCAAUUGAUUCAAUUUCAAGUUUACCAUACAAUCAAGGUGGAACAAUUUUUAUUUAUGGUUCAUUUUCAAGUUUUACUUCAAAUCAAAUUAAAGUAACUAUUGGUGGAGAAACUAAUUGUAUUGUACCAAGAUUUGUAAAUGAAACAACAAUUAAUUGUAUUUUCCCAAAUCAAGCUAAAUUAACACCAAUUAAUGAAUUAUUUAAUGUUGAAAUUAAAAUUGUAAAAACUGGUGAAAUAAUUAAAUCAAAAAUUCCAAUUUUUAAAUUUAGUAAAGUAUUAAUAAAUGAUCCAUGGAUAUUUGAAGAUGUAAUUUAUAUUUCAUUAGAAAACAAUGGUUUACAACCAAAUAAUUAUUAUCUUUUAAUUGAUGAUGGCUGUCCAAAUUAUAUUCAUAAUGUAUUACCAAGGGAUGAUUCUUCAAUUUAUAAUUUAAAUUUUGAAAUUCCUUCAACAGUGAUUGGAAAUGGUAAUCAAUCAUUACAAUUUCAAUUACUAGAUAACAUUGGAUUCACAAAUUUAACAUUAACAUUAGAAUAUUCAACAAACUAUACAAUCCUUCCAAUUCAAUUACCAUCACCAUCAAUUAUUAGUUCAACAAAAUCAAUACCAAUAACAGUUUGUGGUAAUCAUUUUGGUGCAUUUGUAAAUGUUACAUAUGGCACAUUAAUAAUUAAUAAUUUAAAAGUAAGUCAACUUGAGAAACAACAAGAGGAAGAUCAACAAAAUGAAAAUAAUGAUGAUAAUGAUAGUAAUUUUAAAAAUACAUGUUUUUCAUUUAAUGGUAUUGGAUUUUUAUCAAGAGAAUCAAAUUUUAGAUUUACAAAUGGUAGAUUUGAAGUAAAAAUACCAUUUAAUAUUACAUUUUUUCCACCAACAAUUAAAAAAUUAACUCAAUCUUUAAAACAUUUAAUAAUGGAGACAAGUGAAACUGGAAUUGAUUCAUCAAUGUUAAAAGUUUCAUUAAAUAUUUCAAACAAUCAUAUUCCAAUGACAAUUACAAAAUUUGAAGACCAAAUUAUUGAAGCUAGAAUACCAGAUGUUUUAGAUAUUGAUUAUAAUUCAAUAUUUUUAUUAUCAACACCAACAACAACUAUUAAUUCAUCAUUAUUAAUUCAACCAAUAAUUGAUAAUACUAGUGAAUUACCAAUGAAUGGUGGUGAAAUUACAAUCUAUGGAUCAUUUAUUAACAAUGCUUUAUUUAAAUUAUCAUUUUCGAAUUCAAGUGAAAUUAAUGUUAUUGAAUUUUCAAAAGAUGUUACUAAUAAUAAACAAUCAACAUGUAUCUUUAAUGAAAUUGAACAAUUUUCAAUUUGUAAACUUCCAAAACUUAUUGAUUUCAAUAUAACAAAUUUAAUUCAAUAUUCAAUCUCUGCCACAAAUUAUAUUUUUAAUAUUUUUAAUAAUGAUAAUAUUACUGGUAGUUGUAGUAAUGGUUGUAGUAGUGGUGGUGGUAGCAGUGAUAAUAGUUUAGAAAAUAGUACUGAAAAUAAUACAAUUAUUUUAACUUCCAAUAAUCAAGCAUCUUUUUAUUUAAAUUUAAAAACUAAUUUGUAUUUUAUUUUAUUUAACUUAAUUAUUUUAAUUAUAAUUUUAUAA